AUGACCAAGCACAAUCACUCCUUGACCACUGAGUUUGUACUCAUGGGAUUGAUGGACCACCCAGAUCUGAAUACCCUUCUGUUUGUGCUGUUCUUUGUCAUUUACCUAAUCACCAUGAUGGGGAAUCUUGGUUUGGUUGCAUUGAUUGUUACGGAGCACCGUCUUCACACACCAAUGUACAUCUUUCUUGGUAACCUGGCGCUGAUGGAUUCCUGUUGUUCCAGUGCCAUUUCUCCCAAAAUACUGGAGGAUUUCUUUUCUGAGGACAGAAAGAUUUCUCUCUAUGAAUGCAUGGGACAAUUUUACUUUCUCUGUCUUGCUGAAACUGUAGACUGCUUUCUCCUAGCAGCUAUGGCUUAUGAUCGCUAUGUGGCAAUAUGCCGUCCACUGCACUACCAUACCAUGAUGUCAAAGCAAAUCUGCAUUCAAAUGAUCAUAGGGGCAUACAUAGCUGGAAAUGUACAUUCUGUUAUUCAUGUAUUUCUUCUUUUAAGGUUAACUUUCUGUGGAUCUCAUAAAAUCAACCACUUUUUUUGUGAUAUUCUUCCAUUAUAUAGACUCUCCUGUGUUGAUCCAUACAUCAAUGAACUCAUAGUAUUUAUCAUCGCAGGAGGAAUUCAAAUUAUUACAGUUACAACAGUUUUAGUCUCUUAUCUUUGCAUCCUUUCUACUAUUUUCAAAAUGAAAUCCAAAGAUGGAAAAGGUAAAGCCUCAUCUACUUUUGCAUCUCAUUUUCUGUCUGUCUCAAUAUUCUAUGGCUCUCUUUUCUUCAUGUACGUUUGGCCAAGUUCAGCUAAAGAAGGUGAUAAAGACAUACCAGUUGCUAUUUUUUAUACUUUGGUAAUUCCUUUACUAAAUCCUUUUAUCUAUAGUUUAAGAAAUACAGAAGUAAUAAGUGCUAUGAAAAGAACUCUGAAAAAGAGAAAACUUCAUACAAUUCUGAAACAAUUUCAUCCAAGUUAUAAAACUGACUUUAGAUAA